AUGGUUGAUAGUUGAUAGUUUGAAAGUAUUUGUGAGGUUGCAUGUGAUGGCCUAUCUGAGCUGUAAUAAGCCUAGAGUAAGCUACUAGUUGCAAUUCAGCAGUGCUAGGAGGAUGGUGUCUCGGUCGGUAUUGUUUGCGGUGUUAUCGCUUCUUUGCAACGGCAUUGAUGCUUUCCACAACCUGUUCCCAAUCGACAUUGGUUUAAGUGAAGAAGAUCCUUUUUUAACCACUGAAAGGGAAGAGUUUGAUGAUUGCCAUCUACGUUACAUGCGAUAUGGAAAAGAUGAAUUAGAUAUCCCCGAACCGCUUCGGGCCUAUGAAGAGCCUCGUGAUUACAGCCAUAUUGCUACCAUUGGAAGGAGACGGAACGGAGGCACGAUCGAUUGGACAUGCAUGGGUGCACUGAUAUGGGACAGCGUUGUGAUUACUUCAGCUCAAUGCACUACAGACGAAGGGAACGGAAUACCAAGUGUCGUUCGACUAGGAGGAACCAAAUACGUGCAGGUGAUAAAUAUCAAGGAAGUUAUACGACAUCCUGACUUUUUGCCUAGCAAUGGUCAAAAUGAUAUCGCUCUGCUUCAGUUGGACAGGAAAAUCAUAAUCAACGAAACAGCUGUACCAACAUGCCUUUGGCUGUUUGACGGGGUACCUUUUCAGAAGCUUGACUCUAUUGGACGUACAGCUGCAAGUAGAAGGCAACAAACACCUGAAUUCGUAACCGAGGAGAUGACCACAGUGAAUGUGAAAAGUGAAGACUGCUUUGCACCAAUGACACGCAAUCAGGGACUUCCAGAGUCACAGCUUUGCAUGGAAACAUUAAAACAAAAUGCAGACAACUGCCAGGAUAUACCAGAAGGCAAUCCUUUACAAGCCCGGCUGCUGCAUAAUUUUCAAACCAGCCCCUUUUUGAUUGGACUAGUGACUUCCAGCUUUACUUCUGGCUCUUGUAAUCGUCGACGAGGAUAUACGAAGAUCGGAUCCCAUCGUGACUGGCUGAUGCAGGUGUUGCUAGAGCGAAAUGUAUCUGUAACUCCGGAAGAUUUCUUUCCGGUAGUUUGCGCCAAUCGUUUCCGCGGAUUACGGCCACGAGCAGAUGAACUGGUGUUGGAACGGAACGGAGAUAUCCCAGUAAAUAGUAUACAGGUGGAAUUUGUCCGUGACAGAGACUUGCAGUAUAUAGUGCAGUUUAAAUGGCCAUCGGAUGCUAAAAACGUGCCUCAAAUAAAUUGUGCCGGUACGUUCGUUGAUCAGCAAACGGUUCUAACACUGGCAGAAUGUGUCAUCGCUACUACACCGGAAGGAGUUCAACCAACAGAUGUAGUUCAGGUUUCGCGGUUUAGAAAUACGUCAUACCCUAUUAAAUCUAUUACUGUGCAUCCUCAUUAUGUUAAAAGCUCUCAGAAAAACAAUAUUGCAGUGGUCAAAUUGCAAUCUCGUCAAGAUGUAGUUCCAGCAUGUGUGUGGACGCACAGGAUCCUACCGGACAGUAGAGUUGACUUGACUGGGGCUGGAAUGAGCACUUUAAACAACUUUCAAGAAUCCAUCUUCGUAGAGGACGACCUCACCAAUGCCUUCAUACAACCUGCCAUGGAUCACUAUCCCUGGGCGAACUGCUCAACCGAGUUGGGGCAGCUGGUGGGUGGCAAUCGUUCAUUGGAUGGUUUGACAAAAAACGAGCACCUAUGUUUCCGCAGCGAUCAAUGGAUAGUACCGGGUGUAUGCGAGGAUGUUCCUGGAGCACCAGUACUGCGUUACAUAAAUCGUGCUGGUGCCUUCUUUAAGUACGUAUACGCGUUGACCGUUGCAGGACAGACUUGUGGCCAUGGAAUACCGACAAUCGCUGUACAACUAGCCCCGCACGCCGCCUGGUUGCGAUCCGUUAUUCUCGACAAAAGUAACUCUGGUGGGCAGAAAGCUUCAGAAUCAGUGAUUAUAAUCAAUCCGGAUCUGAAACGAAGUGAUGAAUGCAGCAAUGGGGAUGGUGCAAUGGGUAUUUGCGUACCGUAUGCAAUGUGCCUUAGCACUAAGGAACGCUUGCGUAAAGGUGAACGAGUAACACUUUGUACGGACGGUACGGUCGUUUGCUGUCCUUGGGGUGAUAUUGCGAGAAAUUCUGGCGGUGAUCUAAUUCGCACCGAGCUCGACAGCUGUGAAAAUCGUUAUCAUUCUUUACGUCGUCAACGCUAUUCGGGAUUUAGUCAAAACGAGUCCCUGUACAGCAAUCUACCCCAUGUAGCCGAAGUCGGUUGGCCUCAGAACAAUGGAGGGAUAGCGUUUGAGUGUUUUGGAUAUCUAAUCACCUCCAGUCUAAUAGUGACGAGUGCCCGUUGUUUGGAAACGUACUCAUACAAACCGGUAGUGGCACGAAUUGGAUCAGUGCAAGCCGCUGACUCAUCGAACUACAUUAUCCAAACUAUUCGUCGGGUUCGUGUCCAUGACGACUACGACUCGCAAACUGGUGCCAACAACAUAGGACUGCUAAUUCUUGCAGCGCCGAUAGAAAUUAAUGAAUAUCAUUUCCCAGGAUGUUUAUAUCGGAAUAACACACAUCUACCUACGCGACAGUUUGCUAUAAGCGAUGAUCGAGAUGCAACAUUUUUCUUGAAAGUAUCGCCUAUUUAUCAGAGCGAGUGUCAGCAGCGUUUGACAGUGCCGCUCGUUUCUGGGCAGAUGUGUCUACUGAAAGCUCAACCGGAAGGAGUGUACAAUCCAAGAAAUAAGUGCCUUAGAACUGGCGAUGUGAUUGUGUGGGAGCCUCGCACUGAGGAAGAGGAUGUGAUGGACGUCGUGUAUUUGGUAGGUCUUUUUAGCCAUGGUGGUUGUAAUGUGGAAAAUGUACAGAUUGGAACACGAAUUUCAUCCUACUAUGAUUGGAUAAUAGCGAAUGGUAAAUAGUGAAAUGAUCAAGUUUAUAAACAAUAAAUCGAAGUACUCAAACUUCCGAUGUACUAUUUCAACAUCAUGCAUAAGAAUCUCCUCCCCCGUCCGAAUAUCGCUCGCCCCUUCCACCGGGCAUUUGUGAAUCACUCUCGUCGGGAACCGACCUGGUAUCUGCAAAGAUCAAGCAAACGGUGAUGUAGCUUUCAACGCCUCUAACCACAUUCAGGAAGGACGACGUUCUCGGUUUAACGACCAAAUCAGCACUCCAUCGUCGGCCGGUUCGAUUCGAUGAUUAGAUGCUUGUCUCAAUUCACAUACGAGCGAUGAGGAAAGCGAGAAAAACACUCCCCUUUCCUCUCUGUCCCUAUCCCUUCCUCUCUUCCUAGCAAGCAAUGCACCACAACUCCUGGUCAGAUGACCAGCGGGGUGUACCUUUCACGAAUGGUCUAUGGAGGUGCAGUGGCGCAUCGCCAAUGAGGCGAGGAAGACGAUGCGUAUCGUGUGUUUGUGUGUGCUGUCCCGUAUCGUUGACAGCAUCUCGCGCAUCAAUUAUUCGCCUUAAGCGCGCAUUAAGUAUCGCUUGUGGAUCCCCCCCGGUUAGUCGGAGAAUUUCUCCAGCCUUUGCUCGUUCAGGUAGCCGCAACCUGCCGCUACCAGCCCUCAACUACGUUGCCCAGCGUAUGGAACGCGCGCCGUUUGUGAUCGCGGCACCAUGAUAAGCGUUCGUCGAGGAGGAUCUUGCGCUCGACGUUUGACGCAUUUUGUGUAAAAAAAGGAAAACGAACUUAAAACUCGCUAAAACGACAAAAAACGCAUCGCACAGUGGCCAAUCAUCGAGCGCGUGCGCUAGAUUGGUGGCGCAUCUCAUCGUCUUUUGGGCCCAUGUCACAACAGCUGCUAUAGGCCACUCGCUGUUUGUCGCUUGAGUCGGCUGAAGGACAAAGACACUGGAGUCCAGCUGGAAGCGAAGAAGUAGUGUUUAUGGGAGUCCACAGAGAUGGCUUAUCGUUGAUAAAAUCGAGUGGUAUGAGCUCGCGCGUUGGGUACACACGAGUUGAGCAUAACUUUUUUUCGCCUUGCAACAGGCUAGUAUCCCUUGUGGGGACACAUUGCAUUUUCAUCAAGGGCUGUUAUCUAUUUUGACCAUCAUAAGUGAAAGGUUUGACUAUUGCAGAGGAAAAGUGGUAGAGGUGCUAAAUUAAGCAUCUUGUUUGAAUUGAAUUGAAAAUGCAAAGUACUGGUUGGCCGUUUAAAGUGUCAAUUUUUCACAAUGAACCUGGAACCCUUUGCCUGAUAAACAGGUGCGAGUGUGCUUAGGAUUGAGUCUUCAUCUCUUUAAGGAAUAGCAGCAUGCCAAGAUAGAAAAUAUCUAGAAGACACUAUGAAAUAUCUAGAAGACAGUAUUGUUAGUGCUGUUGAAUAUGCUGUUGAAACUGUAGCAAAAAUUAUGCAUGGUAGUUUUGGUAAGUAUUAUUCAUAUCUUUUUUAUUACCAAAUGUUUGUCUUACAGAGGAAAUACGGCUUGGCUAUUGUUUUUAUGAAUAAAAUAACAACAUAACUAACGUAUGAAAAAUAUGAAGGUUUGAUUGUAUUGCACUGCAACAUUAAUCCGAAUGCAAUAAUGGAAUGAAUAAUGAAAUAUAUAAAAGCAUUCCUCCGAAGAAAAAUAAAAGCUAUCCUGUUCCUCUGAAUUUAAAUCGAAGGUGCUUUAACCAUUUGACAGUCCCACGAUUUUAAAAAAAUGCACAAACCCAUUACGAAGUAAUGGCAGAAAGUUACGAAAAGAAAAUAAUGUUGGCCCAUUCUGCAAACCGUUGCUUUACACAAAAGAUGAUGUGCAAAAUGUGUCAUUAUCAUUGUUUUAACUCCCUUCCCCUCCCAUCACGCGACGAUUCAAUCGAAACGGAGAACAAAAACACAGCCCGAGUCGCACUCGGUCAAACAGCUGAACGGGUUAAUAUUAAGAUUCGAAUUCCUAAACGGCAAAAUAAGGCUGAACAACGGCUUUAGAGUCUCUUAUUACUCUGUCUGACUAUAUAGAGCUGUUAACAUUGUUCGUUCCUAAUUCAACUGAAAAAUUCGCAAAAUCACCAAUUUAACAGCAUCUUUUGUAGGACGUUUUUAACCAGAAAGCACAUUGUUACAGACAGAGCGAAAGAAAAUACACCAUAGCUGUUGCUCUCUCAUUCUCUUUCCUUCUUUAAACGUGCGGCCUUUUGCAUCCCCUCUCUAACGCAGUCGACUGUUAUAAGGUUCUGCCGCAGACCGUUUGGAAGGGAUGCUAAAAAUAGAACACAAAAGCGACGAAGGGAAAAGUGCGUAGCAUGAGAGCAUGCGCACUCUCAGCAUCGGUGUUUGAUGUGUGCGUGAAUGAGAUGGAAGACUAUUUUUAUACAUCGCUAGAACUCGGUUGAAGUUAGCGUGGUAUAUAAUAGCAAACAGCAUGCAGAGGUUUCUCGGAGGUGUGUGUCUUCGUAUGUGAUGGCACGAUAACUGAACAUUGAUCGCCAAAAACAGUUUAGUUUGCAGAUCUGUCCAGUGGCAUGCGUCACAACUCUAAUGGUAGUCUUUCUUCUGUGUCAUCGGUGAUCUCUCGCUGCACGGCGACGGGCCGUACGCACGAUUGAUGUCAUCUGUGACACGAGAUUCUACCGCCAUACGAAAUUAGUUGAAAUUGUAAUUAUACAAGUUAGCUUAGCUUCGGAUUAAAAUUACAUUGUUCAGAACGCUUCCAUAUCACUCGGGCACUGCCGAGCAGUUGGCCCAUUCUUUU